AUGGUGCUCAAGUUGUCUUUUGCAUGCUGGGACUACGACCGCAUGAAAGCCAUUGAAGAUGGCCGAGUCCGACCAGAGGGUAUCGAACUCACGUUUCUGAGUUAUCGCGUCGAAGAAACCUUCUUCCGCCAACUUCGAUUCCAAGAAUUCGACCUAUCCGAACUUUCCCUGUCCUCUUACGUUCUUACCUUGAACCAGGACAAUCCACCGUUUAUCGCCCUACCGGUGUUCCCCUCCCGCUUCUUCCGCCAUCAGUCCAUGUACAUCAACUCGAAAGCCGGCAUCAAGAAGCCCGAAGACCUGCGAGGCAAACGAAUAGGCACCCCGGAGUACCAAAUGACCGCGGCGGUCUGGCAACGUGGCAUCCUAGCCGAAGACUUCGGCGUCCCCCUCUCGAGCGUGCACUUCUACACCGGUGCCAUCGAACCUUCGGACAAGCCCCGCCACUCGAAGGUCUCGCACAGCUACCCAGCCGACAUCAACGUGACCGAGAUCCGGCCGGGACAGAACCUGUCGCAGAUGCUCGCGGACGGCGAGCUGGACGCCAUCUUCAGCGCGACAAAGCCUUCCUCAUUCGACACGUCCCCCGAGACGGUAACCCGGCUAUUUGACGACUUCAAAGCCGUCGAAGCCGAGUACUACGCCCGCACCAAGAUAUUUCCAAUCAUGCACGUCGUGGCGCUGAAACGCAGCGUGUACGACGCCAACCCGUGGAUCGCCAAGAGCCUGACCAAGGCGUUUGCCAAAAGUCUGGAGAUGGCAUAUGAGCCAUUAAAGGAGCGGGCCGCGUUGCGGUACAUUCUGCCGUGGUUGGAGGACCACGUCGAGGAGACGAGGAAGCUGAUGGGUGGUGAUGAUCGCUGGUGGAAGGAUGGGUUCGAGGCGAACAAGCACGUGCUGGAGAAGUUCUUGCAGUAUUCUUUUGACCAGGGGUUGGCUAAGAGGAGGUUCAAGCCUGAGGAAUUGUUCGCGCCGAGUGCGCUGGAGGACUUUGUGCUGUAA